AUGGCAGAACCUACGGCUGUCCUAGGACCUGAUGGUCUAGAGAUUAAGCGCUUGGUUGGGCGAGGAGCAUUUGCACAAGUUUUUGAGGCAACUUAUAACGGGCGUGGCUGUGCUCUCAAGGUCUUUGCGCCGGCUGGCCUGCAGGGUCAACCCCCUCCUCCUGCCUACGAGAGGCUCUUCCUCUCGGAAGCCGCGCUCUGCAGCACGAUUAAGCACAGAGACAAAGUCGUGGGUGCAAUGGCACUGCGACGCCAGUACAGCUCCAUCCAGGGGCUGGAGUGGCUGCGGGGCGUCGCUGAAGCCCUAGAUACCCUCCAUAAGGCCACACCCCCCAUAAUCCACAGAGACAUCAAGGCUGACAAUGUGAUGCUCAAAAAGGAGGCGGAUGGGCAACUCAUCACAAAGCUCGGGGAUAUGGGACUCCACGUGACGCUCGUGGACAAUCGGUCCGCGAUGCUGCGGCGCCGUGGCGCACCUCUACCAUCCUCAGACGCCAGCAGCAGCCGGUCAUCCUUUGUCGCGAUUGUGCCGUCAAAGGCUUGGGAGCCCGGCGCCGGCAGCGUUGAUGCAGCUGCAGCCGCAGCCAUAGCCGUCGCUGACUGCGUCUCUCUUGGCUCCCCGGACGCAUGGGGGCCCCUCACGGCUAGCCAGUCCGAGGCUUUCACGGCAUCAUCGUCGACUGCGGAUCGGCCUGAGGGGUGCACGGAGGCGGCGGCAGCGGGGCCCGGGGAUUCUCUUCCUGGUCUCGAGAACUGCGAGAAGAGUGGGGACGACGCAAAAAUCAUAUCCGCCGGAAACCUCCGUUUCAGCGACACCGGUGACGGCGACAGCAGCGCUGGCCAUGGCGGUGGCCUUUUUGGCGGACACAGCGCGCCGCCCACAGCAGCUGCUGCGGUUCGCACUCGAAGCUGCGAUAGCAUCGUGGCCACUGGCAACGUCAGUUUCAAGUCCAAGGGGCUGCACGGCAGCUCAGAGAGCAACGGGACAGGGCUGUCCAGUGGCAGCUGCCGGGCUUCCGUGAAUCCGUGCACUUCGAGUGCGUAUACGAGCGCCUUGACGAUCGGGUGCGGCGUCGCCGCGGCGGCACCUACGCGGUCGGCUCUCUCGGCAGCCGCCUGCGGUCCGACAUCCGCGCCUUGGAGUCGGGGACGUGCGGCACUAACCCCGGCGGUGGCGGGGGCGGCGGGUUGCGACGACGCUGGCGGCGGUGACGUUGGCUGCAAGUCAACGAUGGAUAUCGAUCACAUGCGGCGCAUUGAGAGCAUUCGGGCGCUGCUACGGGCGCCGGAUGGCAGCCAGUUGCCGCAGCAGGAGGGCUUUGAGUGGGUGUUUGGACUGACGGGUCACGCCGGCUCCUUCAUGUAUAUGCCCCCUGAGAUAUAUCGUGGAGAGCCCUACAAUGAAAAGGUUGAUACGUUUAGCUUUGGGUGCCUGGCAUACGAGGUGCUAGCCCGGGAGUUGCUGUUGAUCGCCUUCAUUAACACCUCGCGGGGCGCCACCAUAGGCGUCAAGCGGCCCGUGGAUUAUGCCCGCAGGGUCUCUGAGGGCUAUCGUCCUCCACGGCCUGAGCGGAAAGUGAGCGAGGAGCAGUGGACCCUGGUGAGUCGAUGCUGGCACCAAGAUCCAUGUGAGCGGCCCAGCAUGACGGAGGUACUGCAGAUGCUCGGCGCGCUGCUGAUCAAGGCGCGCGCGCGGGAAUGCGGGAUUAGUCUGGAGCCACAGCAGCCUCAGGCUGCUCAAUCCCAGAAAGCGUCGCACGACUGGCAAGAUAUGAGUCGCGGUCAGCUGCAGGAACUGCAGCCUUCAUGUGGAGUCUGCGGUUGUCUUAUUAGUUGA